CACCACGUGACCCGAUAGCGUCACGCCUGCGCUAGCAGUCACAAGAUGGCGGAGAGUGCGGAACUAAAGCAAAUGGUGAUGAGCCUGCGGGUGUCAGAGCUGCAGGUUCUUCUGGGCUACGCAGGCAGAAACAAACAUGGACGAAAGCACGAGCUCCUGACCAAAGCCUUAUACCUCCUUAAAGCCGGCUGCAGCCCUGCCGUCCAGAUGAAGAUCAAGGAGCUCUACAGACGACGCUUUCCCACCAAGCUGGUGUCCCCAGCAGAGCUGGCCCUGCCCGGAGUCCACCCCGUCACUGCCUCUUUGCCCCCUGGCCUCACGCAGUUGGGAUUUGAUGGGCACAGAGCGCCCCCAUCCCCUCUGCUCCCCAUCUCCCUUCUCGGGCCCAAACAUGAGCUGGGACUGCCCCACCUCCCCACGAGCCUGCACCCCGUACACCCUGAUGUCAAACUUCAACGGCUGCCAUUCUACGAUGUCCUGGAUGAGCUCAUUAAACCUACGAGUCUUGCUUCAGAUAACAGCCAGAGGUUUCAGGAAACAUGUUUUGCAUUUGCAUUGACGCCACAGCAAGUCCAACAAGUCAGCAGCUCAAUGGACAUAUCGGGGACCAAAUGUGACUUUAUGGUGCAAGUACAGUUACGGUUUUGUCUAUCAGAGACAAGUUGCCCUCAGGAGGACCACUUCCCCCCUAAUCUUUGUGUUAAAGUCAACGGGAAACCGUGUAAUCUCCCAGGAUAUCUGCCUCCUACCAAAAAUGGCGUGGAACCAAAGAGGCCCAGCAGACCCAUCAACAUUACCUCAUUGGUCAAACUUUCCACAACUGUCCCCAACACCAUUGUAGUGUCCUGGACCUCAGAAAUUGGACGGAGUUACUCUAUGGCACUGUACCUGGUCAAACAGCUGUCAUCUACAAUGCUAUUGCAGAGGCUGCGGGCUAAAGGCAUCAGAAAUCCAGAUCACUCCAGAGCACUCAUAAAGGAAAAGUUAACAGCAGACCCUGACAGUGAAAUAGCAACCACCAGCCUAAGAGUUUCAUUAUUAUGUCCGCUCUUUUCCAGAGAGUUGUUUAUGGAGAUUCUGAACAGCUGUUUAGAUUGUGAUGAAAUCCAGUUCAAAGAAGACGGUAGCUGGGCCCCCAUGAGGUCGAAAAAGGAAGUGCAAGAGGUGUCGGCUUCAUACAAUGGCAUUGAUGGUGGAUGUCGUACGACAGUGUUGGAGCAGAGCUCUCAAACAAAUGGCAACAGUGGAGGAAACAGCAAAAAAGUGGAGGUGAUUGAUUUGACUCUUGACAGCUCGUCUGAGGAAGAGGAAGAUGAAGAACCCCCUCAGAAGAAAAGCUGCCCCUCGCUAUCUAGCAUCUCUCCUCAGAUGGAUAAUGGGGUACUAAAUCUCCACAGACAAGCAUCUCCUGUGAGUCGGACUCCCAGCAUGCCUCAGGUGGAUACCAGUUACAUUCCCCCACCUCCUCCCCUCAUUCAGGAUUACCGCCACUACUACUCUACGCCCGGUGACCUGUCAGAUCUCAGCUUUUUUCCUUUUUUACAAGGAGAGAAUCAUCAGCACUACAACAUGGUGAUGGCAGCAGCUGCAUCAGCAUCUGAAGAUCACGACCUCCUCCUGAGUCGUUUUCUCCCAUACGGCUCGUCUCAGCUCUUCCUGGACCCUCCCUCGACCCCUGUAAGUAACAGCCUCCCUCCCAUUAACGUCAACGGCAGCAGCACCGGCAGCAGCCUGGUGUCCUCCAGCAGCCUGCGGGAAAGUCUCGGACAUCCACCCGCCCCCCGUCCCACCUCCGAAUCAGCCCCCACGUCUGCCAUCUACGGUCCCAUCCCAGACGUCAUCUCGUUAGACUGACCCAGGACCGAACCCUCGCACAGGAAACUGACUGAAGAGACUUCCAAACAUUGGGAAGAAUAGGGGACAUACAAGAUGACUGAAGGGUGUUUUUGUAAACGAUGAUAAUCGUUGCUGUGUACAGAGAACAAAUAUAUUUUUUGUUUUACUUUUGUAUAUACCUAUCUAUCUAGCUAUCUAAUGUAUAUGUAAACUUGAAAGAGUUUUUUCCCCCCUGGCUUGCUAAAAUUACUUUGGGUUUUAUCUCCUGGGACACUGAGGCUCUUUUUCCUUCACAGCUUUGUCUCAACCCCUUUAACAUAAUAUGAACACUUUUUAUAUCCUUUACCCAUCAUAUUCUGUAGUCGUCUAUAUUUUGUCUGAUUCCAUAGGGCACAAUGGCUGCGUUCAGACUGUCAGUAGGACUCUUGGUUCUUUUCUCUUCCCAGCAAAACUUUUUUUUUGUCUUUGCCAGUCCAUACCAUAUCCCCUAAACAUGCAGGACUGUUUUAUAUAAUGCCUUUAAGGGAUAGUUCACCCAAAAAUGAAAAUUCUGUCAUCAUUUAC